UUCCAAUUCACCCGGCCCUCCCCAAUCGUAAGCGCUAGGAGUCCCUAGCCUACGGCAAAUGCAUAUGAGCCCUGUCUUUGAGGACAUAGUUAUUCCAGAGUCUCUCCUGUCGGCAGCAGCAACAAGUUCCCAACGGGGUCCAAACUACCCUGUUUAUUACUCCGAGGAACCGACCAGGGAGAUUCAUGUGCAGAAGAAGCGACAACCAUUCUCCAAUAGACAAGUCUACGAACAACCGCUAUUCGGCGAAAGGAGGAAUUGGAGUCACACAUCGGCGUUCGAGCCUGGGGCGAGAGGGCCUUUGCCAACAGUCAUCGAGGAUCCCGUGAUCAACGAAGCCCCAGAAAGACAACCAAGUCUCUUCUCCUCUCACCCCGUCUCCCCCAACGGAUCGGGACAUGAAAGAAGGCCACCAAAGUCUCGCGUUCCAAAUUUCUCGUAUCGCCAGCCCCGUUUUGAUGUCUCCGGUAGACCUCGAGUCAGCAGCCUGUGGGAGCUGUACGACCAAGCAAAACUUGUCAGUGUCAAGCUUCAGCGGACAAGUUGGGCCCAAUUCUCCUUUGAAUAUGGCGUAUACUUCUUAUUCGUUUCCGUUAUUUAUUUUGUAUUGAUUGGAGUACCGCUCUGGAAAGGCUCGGUAUAUUGGCUGUACUGGGCGAUGAAGAACAAAUUUGUAUUCAAGGGAGGAUGGUCAAUUGCCAUUGGCUUCAUGGUCAUCUAUACCUUUGUGCCGUUAUUAUCCCCCUUCGAGAGAAAUGCCCCUGGGCUCGAAUACUACCAACAGCGACGGAUUGAUCGCAGUUCAUCUAACACCGCUCUUUUGAUUCCUUGCUUUAAAUCCGCCGCGGUCAUCGGAAAGACGCUUGAAGCUGCACUCACACUCUUCCCAGCGGGCCAUAUAUUCGUCAUCGCGAACGGCGAUUCGCCGGUCCCCAUCGACAACACGGAAGAAGUCUGUCGUUCCUACGGUGUCAACCAUAUCUGGUCGCCGAUCGGCUCAAAAGCUAUCGCCCUGUUCAUCGGAUGCUACGCUGCCAAACAAUUCCAGCACGUUCUGUGCAUCGACGACGAUUGCACGCUCCCUCAGAACUUUCCCGUUGUGGUGUCUCGAAUCACAAAGCAAGUCCGGUGCAUCGGGUACACGAUUAAGUCCGCCGCCUCCGAAUCUUCAGAGAGCACUUAUUGUCAACAGGCUCAGGAUUUGGAGUACAAGAUGUCCGGGCUGCAGCGUGCUUUUGCCGGGAAAAUUGGUAGCUCCACAUUUCCUCACGGGGCGAUAUCCUUAUGGGAUCGUGAGUUUCUGAAAGAGUGCUUCCGAGACCAUCCAGGCUUCUCGAUCAGUGAGGACUGGUUCCUCGGGAAUAGUUGCCGACGCAUGGGUGGCCGCAUUAAGAUGUGCAGCUCCGUGUUCGUGGAGACUACGACGCCGCCGGCCGUCUUCUAUGUCGGCGGGAAACACGGGCGUGGCGGAUUUGGGGAGAUGACGGUUUUUAAGCAGCGGUUUCUACGAUGGAACUUCUUCUUUGCGAACGGCCUAUACUACAAUCUCGCAUACAUAUUUGGAUGUUGGAAAUUGGGCUGGUGGGAAAUCGGCGCCAAGGUGUUUGUCUUUCAAGAGGUACGUAACACCCCAUGUGAUUCUGUUCUCACAUAGGCUCUUUUUGUUGAUGAAAUAUUAGGUCUACGAGACAAUCAUAUACGUCCUCGCACCUUUCAUCCUCCCCGUGUCCCUUCUAGUCCGCCCUGCUUUCAGCGCAACCCUCCUUGGAAGCACCAUCGGACUAUACUUUCUCCAUGUGCUCAUCUUCAAUGAGAUUCAUCUCAGAUUGAAAAAGGAGCGGAUCAAGUGGAGAGUUCUAAUAUGCUAUUAUAUGCCCUACAAACUCAUAAUUACACUAAUAAAUGUUGCAAGUUGCUACUGGUCUCUAUACAGGUAUGCACGGUAUUUUGCUCGCCGGCAUCCUAAGAUCGUGGAAGAUCAAAAGGCUGUCGAGGUUCUACUGAAGCUGGAGAUGUCGUUGGAUGACCGUCCAGGAAUCCCGGGGCUGGGUAGGAGUAUGACGGUUCGGACCGUAGGAACGAG